AUGAAGCUAGGGUUACUAGAGGCUGCCGCCUUGACGGCAGCCUCAGUGGCCACUGCCAGUGAGCUGGCUUAUUCUCCCCCAUAUUACCCAUCUCCAUGGAUGGACGGCCAAGGUGAUUGGGCUGAAGCCUACAGACGCGCCGUCGAUUUUGUUUCCGGCUUGACUUUGGAUGAGAAAGUGAACUUGACAACCGGUGCUGGUUGGGAGCAAGAACACUGUGUUGGUGAGACUGGUGAUCUUCCCAGACUUGGAAUGUGGGGAUUGUGCUUGCAAGACUCGCCCUUGGGUGUUCGUUACAGUGAUUACAACUCUGGUUUCCCCGCUGGUAUCAAUGUUGCCGCAACAUGGGACAAGAGACUCGCCUAUGCCCGUGGUAAGGCAAUGGGCGAAGAACACCGUGACAAGGGUGUUGACGUUCAGCUUGGACCUGUUGCUGGACCCUUGGGUUUAAACCCUGAUGGUGGGCGUAUCUGGGAAGGCUUUUCCCCCGAUCCUGUCUUGACCGGUGUCAUGAUGGCUGAGACUAUCAAGGGAAUGCAAGAUGCUGGUAUCAUUGCUUGUGCCAAGCACUUCAUUGGUUACGAGCAGGAACAUUUCCGUCAGUCAGGCGAGUCUAAUGGCUUUGGUUGGAACAUCACUGAGAGUGUUAGCGCCAACAUUGACGACAAGACCAUUCACGAACUUUAUCUCUGGCCCUUUGCGGAUUCCAUCCGCGCUGGUGUCGGCUCUGUCAUGUGCUCUUACAACCAGAUCAACAACAGCUACGCUUGCUCUAACAGUUACGUCAUGAACAAACUCCUCAAAGCCGAGCUUGGCUUCCAGGGCUUUGUCAUGAGUGACUGGGGUGCUCACCACGCUGGUGUCAGCACUGCUCUGGCUGGUUUGGAUAUGUCUAUGCCUGGUGAUGUGAUCCUGGGCAGCCCUUACUCAUUCUGGGGUACCAACUUGACUAUUAGUGUACUGAAUGGUACUGUUCCCGAAUGGCGUAUUGACGACAUGGCUACCCGUAUAAUGGCUGCAUACUACAAGGUUGGCCGUGAUAAGUAUCGCACUCCCCCCAACUUCAGUUCAUGGACCCGUGAUGAGUAUGGCUAUGAGCACUGGAUUGUGAGCGAGACCUACACUAAGCUCAACCAGCGUGUGAAUGUGCAGCGCGACCACGCCGAUGUCAUCCGCAAGAUUGGCUCUGACAGUACUGUACUUCUGAAGAACAAGAACAAUGCACUUCCCCUCUCUCACAAUGAGCGCCUUGUUGCUAUCGUUGGUGAUGAUGCCGGUUCCAACGCUUACGGUCCUAACGGUUGCACUGACCGUGCCUGUGACAAUGGUACCUUGGCUAUGGGCUGGGGAAGUGGAACUGCUAACUUCCCUUACCUUAUCACACCUGAGUCAGCUAUCCAGAACGAAAUCCUGAACUACAACACUCAAAGCAAUGUCUUAUCUGCUACUGAUAACUGGGCUAUCGAUGAGAUCGAAGCCCUUUCUGCGACGGCUAGCGUUGCUCUGGUAUUUGUCAACGCUGACUCCGGUGAGGGUUACAUUGAAGUUGAUGGCAACUAUGGUGAUCGCAAGAACAUGACUUUGUGGAAGAAUGGUGAGGCAGUCAUCAAUGCCACCGCUGCGAACUGCAACAAUACCAUUGUCAUCCUUCACACUGCAUCUGCCGUCUUCAUCCAAGACUGGUAUGAACACGAGAACAUCACCGCUAUUCUUUGGGCCGGUAUGCCCGGUCAGGAGAGUGGUCGCAGUUUAGUCGAUGUUCUUUACGGUCGUGUCAACCCCAGCGCUAAGACUCCAUUCACCUGGGGCAAGAAACGCGCAGACUAUGGACCUGAAAUCCUCAUCUCACCCAACAACGGCAUCGCCGCUCCUCAGACUGACCUCAGCACUGCUGGAGUCUUCAUUGACUACCGCAACUUUGACAAGAAUAACGUCACGCCCGUCUACGAGUUCGGUUUCGGUCUAAGCUACACUUCCUUCGAGUUUUCCGACUUGGAAAUCAAGGCUCUGAAAGCUGACAACUACACCGCCACAACCGGCUACACCAAGACUGCCCCUGUUUUGGGCAAAGUUGGAAAGAUUGCCGACUACCUCUACCCGAGUAAUAUCAAGCGCAUUACUCAAUACCUCUACCCCUGGUUGACAUCUACCAACCUCAAGGAGGCAUCUCUUGACCCCUACUACGGCCUGAAGAGCUCAGAGUACCUUCCAGAGGGCGCCACGAAUGGCUCCGCCCAGCCUCUCCUGCCUGCCGGUGGUAGCAGCGGCGGUAACCCGCUCCUCUACGAAGAUCUGAUCCAGGUGACUUGCAACAUCGUCAACACCGGAUCUCUCAUCGGUGACGAGAUUCCCCAGCUCUAUGUCUCUCUAGGUGGCGAGGGUGAGCCAGUUCGUGUACUGCGUGCCUUCGACCGCGUCACUAUCGCUCCUGGCCAGAAGCACCUAUGGACAGCCACCUUGACCCGUCGCGAUCUUUCCAACUGGGACGUGGCCUCCCAGAACUGGGUCAUAACUAGCCCUGAGAAGAAGGUUUACGUGGGUAAUUCCUCGCGCAACCUGCCUCUCUCUGCGGUUUUGCCUACAGUCCAGUAA